CAGAAAAAUCACUUAUUCCGAAGGACUUUUAAGUACUCUAUAGAAUAUAAUGCAGAUAUAUCUUUAGUUAUUACCCUCAGGCAUAAUAGACAGAUAUUCUUUUUUAACUUGAAUAGCUUAUGGUCUCCUUUAUAUAAGCAGCUGGUAUGUUAUUUUGCGGGAGUUAAAAAAUAA